GCUUUUCCGCAGACACACAGAAGCCAGUCGUCAAAAUAAAAUUGACCGGAGCUUUGUCGUGCACUUACUCAUAGACUAAAAUUGUUAUUGAAAAAGACAAUUUGCGAAGUGGUUUGGCCUAAAGGCAUUAACCACUAUGACACUGCAGUGGGUGUUAUUAUUGGUAUUAGUCACAACACUUAUAGCAGCCGAAAAAAGUUCGUACGACGAGACUGAAAAUGAUCUACUUCGAUGGUUAGACAACAGCGGAAGAGGUUUUGGUACAUGGAGAUCUCCUCCAGAAGAAGAAGAAGACCAAGAUUAUUCGGGAAAUACAUUUAAAAAUGAAAACAGAAAACGAGCUCUUUCGUUCUUGACACAUUGGAGACCAUGGAAUCAGUUGAGCGGUAACGGCAGACACGUGAUCCGAUCGCCAUUCAGUUCGUUUUUCCCGGACACGGAUGUUCCGUCAAAGGGCAACAGGCCAGUUGGACAACCACUUAGAUGGGGACGUCGUAGACGUCGAUAAGUCUUUAUAUGUUUUUAAUCGACAAUAAAAUACUAUGUUUAAUCAAAAAAAUAUUAUACAAUAUUUAUAUACGUUUUACUCUGUUCGAUUGUUUUAAUAUGGUUAGUUGUUAUUUUGUUUCGGUCUUCGAAUAACUAUAACGACUGUAUGAUUAUAUUUUUAUUUUCCGGACGGUAUAGAUUACAUUUAAAAUAAAAAAAUAAAAACUUAUAAAAAAAAAAAAAUAAAACCUAUAACUAUUAUUCGGUUUGUCUUCUGUUGUAAAUUUUUAGUAAUAUAAUAAUUAUUUAUGGCUUGAAAA